GAUUCGCGGACCUACGACCACUCUGUCAAAAACUACUUGACUCAUAUAGCAAGAGUUUCUCACGUUUGAAAGAGUCAUUUGCGCACAAUUGUGAAAUGACUUUGCUGAUGAGAGAAACCUGGCCAUUUAGGCUGAAACGGUUCGUGAAACUUUGAAUCGGAUCUUUCGGAGAAUAAGAUUGAAUAAGUCACUCUGAACCGAGAACAGCAUAUUUCACAUAUCUGGUGUUGUUAUGUCGUAAAAUAAUUGCUGAAUUGCCUUUUAACGGGUCUUUAAAAAUAACUGUUCUAAUGAACCGAUUGUCGGAAAUGAUUCAGACUUUCCUAUUCUCAGUAUCUAUUGAACUGCCUACACUUCUGGAAAUCACACGAAUAAUUUUAAACGUGUGAAUGAGCAAUUUACCCACUACUUCUAAAUUACUUAGAUAACGGUUGAAAUAAACCUUGCAAUUUAGAAAACUGCUGUGAUACGUUCUGUGGGGUCGGAGGGUUCAUCCGUCUCGUUUGCUUCGCAACAGAGGCGGGGCUCUGAUGCUCUGAGUGUCCGUUCGCGCGUAUCAAUAAAGUUUUUUUUUUUUCAAAUAGUUCAGUCAGUGAGCCUUUUUGGAGAAUGGGUAGCAUCACUGAUGAUGAGGUAAUUCGGAAGCGUCUUCUUAUUGAUGGAGAUGGAGCUGGAGACGAUAGGCGGAUUAAUGUGCUCAUGAAGAGCUUUACUAAAUGGUGUCAUUCCAAUUUCUCACCAGAGGAAGGGUUCUCACAGUAUCAGAGGAUGUUGACAUCUUUGGCUCAGUGUGAAUUCUCCAUGGGGAAAACCCUGCUUGUGUAUGACAUGAACCUGAAAGAAAUGGAGAAUUAUGAAGCAAUCUAUGUAGAUAUCGAGAAAAGUAUAACUUCAGCUCAUGAAAAAAUUGCAGAGUGCAAAAAGGAGAUCCAGAGAGCUAAAAGGAUACGAAAAAACCGCCAAGAGUAUGAUGCUUUGGCCAGAGUUAUCAAGCAACAUCCAGACAGACAUGAGACCUUAAAGCAGCUUGAGGCUUUAGACAAAGAGCUUCAGCAGCUGUCACACAUCAAAGAAAAUGUGGAGGACAAGUUGGAACUUCGUAAGAAACAGUUCCACGUCCUUCUCACCACCAUUCAGGAACUUCAGCAGACUUUGGAGAAUGAUGAGAAGAUGGAAAGUGAUGAUACCCAGGAGAGCUCGAUGGAAAAUGGGGACUAGACUAACAAUUUUCCAGCUUUUCUGGAGAUGUACCUAUUAUCCUGUUAUUUUUAUUUCAUUUAAUUUUUAAUGAACUUGUUUUCUAAAUUCAGUCUCUUAUUUUGAUGUUGGUGAUGUACAGAAUUAAAGUGAUUUCUUUAUAAACUAAA